AUGGAGUCUUUGUGUGGUGUUCCAGUCGCGUCAUCAGUUGUCGCACGUUUGAGUCCUGCGAAUAAUCGAAGAAGGAAAAAUAAUUCCUCGUCCGAAUCGACGACACCAACGACGCGGUGUUUGCACCGCUCGAAUUCGCACCGAACGGCGUCGUGUUCUUUUUCUUCCCAAAAUGGAAGUUUUCAGAGGAGGCUUUCUGAGAAUAAAGUCAACAACUUUAACGAGAGCAAAUUACAAUACCAACAACAUCGUCUCUCUGGUGGACGUCGUCGAAAGAACAGUUUGAAAGUGUAUUCUUCGUUACCGUCGUUCGGGAGUGCCCAGUGGCUGGUUGAACAAGGCGCGCUUUCCGCCGUCGCCGCGGGUGCCUUUCUCUUUCGGGACCGCAUCAAAGCGUUAGUCGGGGGAAGCAACAAAUCUCCUAACGGACAAACGAAGAACUUUUUCGGGUCAGGACGGGAAGAUUGCCCCACGUGCGAAGGGACUGGAUACGCGACGUGCGCGUGCACAAAGUGGUCAAACGACGGAGAGGGGUGCGGGACGUGCAACUAUACGUGUCGAACGAUAUGCCCAAGCUGCAGAGGUGGCGGUAAAGGCGUACGCGCGACAUUGGAUUUGAAAAUUGACGACGAAGAAACGGACCGAGAGAACAUGAGACGACAGAGGGAGCGAGAUACGCACUCGUGGAAAGCGUGGAAUAAUAGCAGUACGAAGAGUAGCGGAGCAGCAGCGGCAAUGACGACGACAAUGAACCCAUUGACGACGCCUUUGAUUUGUCUCCCGGUAGUUUCGGCUCCAGAAUCGAACGAAAGCGGAGGGCGACGCUCGGCAUCGUCCUCGGAUAACGGCGAUAGAUCGAGCAACCAGAACAAAAAAGAACCAGACGACGAGUUCUACGCGCAGUCGGGCGAAGCCAUUCGUACCUUGCGCGAAGACUAUCCGUUUUUUCUAUCAAAAGAACCACGGUUUUCGAUAUUCAGGGAAGACGUUGGAUUAGUCGACGCGACGUGUACUUUUGGACGAAACCGAGAUCCAGACAGCUUGAUCGGCGGAGACGGAGGAUACGUCAUGGCCAGAGGUUUGAAUCAUUAUAAAAGAGUUUUCAAAGUCAUCAGAACGAUUGCGGCCAUCAUAUUCAGUUCGUGUUCGGUGAAAGUGACGAGAAUUUGGUCGCCAUUAAGCACGACCGGGAAGCGAACUAUUCGCGUGCGAUGGAGCGUACGCGGUCAUAUUCGUCUCGGAGCGGCGAUUGGAGUCGACGUCGCGCAGUUUGACGGCAUUAGUGAAUACAAAUUGGACAAGGCUGGGUACAUCUACGAGCACGUGAUUACUGAUUUGGAUUGGGACGUCGCUCAACUGAGAGAAAGAGUUGUCGCGAUGAUGGGUGCGGUGAAUAAAGCGCCGUCGAUUAGUGGUCAAUUUUAA